ACCCGAAGGAUACAUACACACGCUGCUGCCACCCGUUGUCCUACCCUGCUUCUCUUGAAUUUAUUCUCCUUCGCUCCCACUCUCAACUGAUCUGUGCAGCACGCUGUUCAAUUCACCUCAGUCACUCGCUAGAAUCACUAACGAGACACGCUCCUGACGUCACACCACUCGGUUUCACUAGUUCACCCUUUCACCUAGGACCAGCCGAAUAGCAACUCCAAGCCAUUGAUUGCCCUUGUACCCCGAAAGAAAAAAGUAAACGCUCGUUUCAGUGCCUGACGUGAGCUGCCAUAUUACCCUGAUCUCUUUAACAAGGGCUACCGCGGUCUCCUAUCGCGCGCCGAUCAUCAUCCACGACGUCUACGGGUCCAACUGUGUUUAUUCGCCAUGACGACCCCAAAUGUCGAGCGGCCUGAGCCGACAUACAACAUGGACAACAACACACAAUACGGUCACCAGCGGUCUUCCGACGAAGACGGCACGGUUUUUGGGGACGACCACCACCACCCGCACCUGAAUAAUAACGCACGACCGUUACAUAACCGAUCGCAGUCUGGCGCACACCUUACUGUUGACACUGAACCAGACAUGAUAUCCAUGAGGGACGUGCAAUCGCCUACACAAACCCGUGAGCAAGCGAGCAGGCUCAACGAUGACCUCGCUGUGCUUGCAAUCGAGCAAGGCCUCGACGAGAAAGAAGCCCUCAUGCGGAAUCAGUCCACGACCCGGUCCAUGACACGGGUGCGAUCUCGCCGCGACAACCUUGUCGACGACUUUGAUGCGGCCACAAAUCCAUUGCACGAGCAGGCUGCUCGCUACAAGCCACCAGAGAACCCCACCACCAGCUUCUCCAAGUUCUUCAAAAAGGUUCACAACUCGUCAUGGCUUGUCCGCUACUUUACCUACAUCACGCCCAUGGUGCUACUGAUUCUGAUCCCUCUACUCGUUGGAGCGUUUGCCUUCAAAGAGGCUACUGUGGGUGGGGUUAAGCUGGUUUGGUUCUCUAUAUGGCUUAUGAUUGUUUGGUUGACACUGUGGGCUGGCAGAGUCCUUGCUAAGUUACUUCCCUGGCCAAUUGGCCUUGUAUCAAGUCUCUUCACCAAUAACAGCAAGAAAUGGAGGGACAUGGGCAAGCAGCUUGAACUGCCUGCCACUCUCUUCUUCUGGUGGCUGGCCAUUGAAAUAUCUUUUCUCCCGACUAUGACCAACCACCAUCUCGACGGAAACAAGACAACCAAAGACUGGGAACGCGACAUGAACAAAGUGCUCGUGUCUUUCUUUAUCGGCUUCGUUCUCAACUUCAUCGAGAAGAUCAUUAUCCAGCUCAUUGCCAUCAGCUUCCAUCUCCGAACCUACCAGGACAGGAUUGAACUGAACAAGUUCCAAAUUGGCAGUCUUACCAAGCUGUACAGAUUCUCAAAGGAGAAGAUUACUAUGGAAGAUUCGGAGUUCGAGCAGAGCGAGGAAACCCAGAAAUCUGGCGCCCGUACCCCUGGUCAAGUGUUGACCGAAGCUCAGAAGAACAUCAAGGUUGGCUUCAGCAAGUUUGGUGACAUUGCUGGAAAGGUUGCUGGAGACUUCACUGGUCGCCAGGUGACCAGCAGCGGCCAUCCCCACCAGGUUGUACUGCAGCUCAUUAGUACCACAAGUGGCGCCCAGGUACUGGCACGCCGCUUGUACCGCACCUUUGCACGACCCGAAACUGAAACUGUACACUCCGAGGAUCUCAACAAUGCCUUUGACAGCGACGAGGAGGCUACGGCCGCAUUUUCCAUGUUUGAUAAGGACAUGAACGGUGACAUUUCAAUGGAAGAACUCGAGGCUGUCUGUGUAGAGAUUGGCCGUGAGCGCAAGUCCAUCACUGCUUCUCUCAAGGAUCUCGAUAGUGUUGUCUCCAAGCUGGACGAUGUCUUCGUCUUCAUUGUGGUCAUCAUCACCAUUAUUGUCUUCAUCUCGCUCCUUUCGACUUCGGCUGCCGGUGUACUUACGUCUGCUGGUUCGGCUCUUCUCGCGUUGUCCUGGCUCUUUUCCGCUACCGCUCAGGAGUUCCUACAGUCGUGCAUCUUCGUCUUCGUCAAGCACCCUUACGAUGUUGGUGACCGUGUCACUGUCUACGGUAACACGGGUGAUCUCGGUCGCGGUGACGACUAUUUUGUCAAGGAAAUCGCCCUCUUCUACACGGAGUUCAAGAAGAUGCAAGGUCAUAUUGUUCAGGCACCCAACAGCUACCUCAACACUCUCUUUAUCCUUAAUCACCGUCGUUCUGGAGCUCUCGCCGAAGCUAUUCCUAUCAUCAUCAAGUUUGGUACGACCUUGGAGCAGAUUGAGCGUCUCCGCAACGUCCUCCUCGAAUUCGUCACAUCUGAGAAGCGUGAAUACCAGACCAACAUCCUUACUGAACUCCGCGCUGUCCAGGAGGUCCACUGGCUCGAACUCAACGUCGUCUUCUUUUACAAGUCUAACUGGCAAAACGAAUUGCUCAGGUUGCAGCGUCGCAACAAGUUCAUCUGUGCACUUACCAUGGCUAUCCAGGAAUGCGAAAUCGAAGGCCCCCGCAUGCGCUACCCCGGUCAAAAGGAAUCGUUCCCCGUCUAUCUUCAAAACCUGCAAAACCCUGCUACGCCUGGUGUUGGCAUCAAUGGCACACCCGAUCAGCCCAACGGCCACAUUCACAACGAGCCUCAGGACCAGCCUUUUGUAGCACCAGCCCCAGGAAGCGCUACUGACAACGUCCCUCCUACAUCUGCCGGCACCGGUCCCACCCGCCACGGCUCCAUCCUCCGUCAACCCGGUACACGAACAGCCCCCGAAACGCUCUCAGCAAUGGGCCGCCGCGUCGACUUCUCCCUGGGCAUGAAAUCCAUUGGCCUCGACGACCCCAGCGGCGACGUCCUCGAAGACCGCGAAAUGGAAUCCCGCACCCGCGCCACCGUCGUGCGCGUCACCUCCCCCGGCCACAGCCUCGAGCGCAAUGGCCGCGGCUCCCAAGAAAGCGGCCGCAGCACCAGUCUCCAGCGCGUAGGCACAAACGCCUCGUCCACCAUGCGCGAGCGUACCCAUCGCAACCGCUUCUUCUCCCGCAACCGCCACGGCAACGACGAGGAAGCCGCCAUGGCUGAUAUCCCUGAAGCAACCGACUACGAUACCCCGCCUCGCACUAACACGCUCGAUCCACGAUCCGGUCUCGUUUCUUCAGCCGCCGUGCGUGACGCUGCGUCCCUAUCGGAAACAAACUUGCGGCCCGUACAUAGCAUAGAUGCACCUGGUGUAUCGGGUGCGCUCCCACCUAGCACCGCGGAUUCAGAACGCACGUUUAGUCCACCCGCGAGGUCGCACACUGACGGGUUUGAAAUGAGACGGUUCCAUUGAGCCCCUUGUUUAUCCGCUUCUCCUUUUCCCGAAAUCCCGGGGAGAGAGGAAAUAGAGAGGAUAUCACUUUUUUUUCUGUUCUUUUUUUCUUUUCUUGUACAUUCACACAUUCAACAACCUUUCAUUCCUUUCUCGGACGAGAUUGCGAAAUUUAUAUCAUAUUAGAUUGUCUUAUUCUACCUCUUACUGGUUUGAGCAGGGAAUUCAUUGAAGGGGAAACAAGAAAGAAGAAGCUGGUCGUUUGACAAAAAAUGACCAUUGGGGGGGGGGGGG